ACUGACAGCUCUGGCCCGCAACACAAAAUCACACAGGCUUCCUUUGACUCAGCUUUGAAGAAAAGCUGCCGAUCUGAUCGACUGGACUCAGAAUGCCUCAUCCUGUCGGUGGAUGUAGUCUAAUGAUCUGAGACGAGUUUCAAUGCAACGGCUGAGAUCUGUCAACUAAAGCUGGUAUUUUUAUACCUCAGAGCCUUUUCACAUAACAUGGACUGGGUUCUUGUGCUGAUUCUCACCUUCCUCCUCAUCAGACAGAGUUUCACAGACAUGGCACCACAACAGACACAUAGGACCAACAUGUGUCCUCCUGGUUUUCGGAAAAAGGAACAGUCCGAAGACUGUGAAGCAUGUCAGAGUGGUGAAUACACAGAUAUCCACAAUACAGACACAAAAUGCCAGAGGUGUUCACCCCAGUGUGGACACCAAAAGAUCAUGGUGGAGAAGUGCACCAACACCAGUAAUAUAAAAUGUGCCUGCAGAGAGGGAACGUUCGACUCUGGUGGUGGGAUAUGCACACAAUGUUUUCCCACUAGCAACCCCACAGAGAACUGCCAAAGGGAAGAGUGUAAAAAUCACACAAAUUACAAAAAGAAAUGCCUGGGCACUACUAGUCCAAUUACGACUGUAUCUCUGAUUACAUCUACGACUACAACAAGCACAACAGUCCAAAGCCCAAAGACACGAACAUCAAAUCCUUCUAUUAACCCCUUGACGCCAAUAGAAGUCAGCUAUGUUACCUGGAUGAUCCUCCUUCUGACGGCUGUGAUGGUCUUUUGCCUCGUGACGUACCUUUUUAGAAACCUGCUCAGAUAUCAAAACCUCUGUCCCAGCUGGUGUGCGGAGAAAGACGUUGAAUUCAGCGAACAACAAAGUGAUCAGAGCAGCGCCCCGACCACACUGAUCAUUUCCAAUUCUGAGGGAACUCCCAUGCUCACACUGAGUCCUGCCACACCAGAGCAUCCUGCCCACGUCCGUCCUCUCCUGCCUCCUCCCACCUCUGUACGCACAGUUGCCAGAGAUGAGGUGCAGUCAGAGCACUGGCCUGCCAUCGUCCUCUACACGAUCAUCAAGGAGGUGCCCUUACGCCGGUGGAAGGAGUUUUUGCGGCUGCUCAAGGUGGCGGACAACCAACUGGAGCGGGUGGAGCUGGAGGCCGGCCUGGGCUCCAUAGAGAGGCAGUACCAGAUGCUGAGGCUGUGGAGCCAGCGUCCCUCCUCCAACCUGGACGAGGUCUUCUCGGCCUUGCGCUACAUGGAUUUAUCCGGAUGUGCUCAGCUGCUGAUGGAAAGUCUGGAGAGGCUGCAGUGGAGAAAUGAACAGAAGCAAGGUGUCACAGCCCACAGAGGUUUCACAGACUGGGAAUUCACCGGAGACAUCUGCAAAACACGCCAAGACGUCUUAACACAGCUGGAAAUACUGUGAAUUAAGAGAGGAUCCUACAUCAAGUUCCUCAAGACUGACAGUUCUCAAGUGUUCCUAUAGUUGGUGCAACCACAGAAGAUUAGGACACAAUGUAGAUUAGAUAGGAGUUUAACAGCACUGGACAUGUAAUGGAAGUACUGCACAGAUCCUAAAGGCAGCUGUAUUGUAGCACAAGUAUCAUUAUGAAUAAAUGUAUAGAAUAAUUUAAAUACCCACACAGAGCUCUGCACAGGGUUGAAAAUGUACAAAGGUGUAAUAACUGAAAAAAAGUAGCCGAUUAUCAAUGACAAAACUGGAUUUUAGCAUAAAUAUCAUUAGAAAUAAGUGUAUAGAAUAAAUUAAAUACACAAUUGGAGCUGUGUACUGGGUCAAAAAUGGAGGAAAAAAAAGUGUAAUAACAGAAAAAAGCAAGUAUUUAUCAAUGACGCACCUGGAUUUUAGCAUAAAUGUCAUUCUAAGUAAGUGUAUAGAAUAAAAUAAAUACACACACAGAGCUCUGCACUGGGUCAAAAAUGUAAAAAAAAAAAAAGAAAAAAAAAAAGUAUAACAGAAAAAAGUAAGUACUUGUCGAUGACAUACCUGGAUAAAUAUCAUAAAUAAAUAUCAUUAUAAAUAAGUGUAUAGUAAAAAUUAAAUGCACAAUUGGAGCUCUGCACUGGGUCAAAAAUGCACAAAGGUGUAUGAAAAGUAGCUGCUUAUCAAUGACAUACCUGGAUUUUAGCAUAAAUAUUGUUAUAAAUAAGUGUAUAGAAUAAAUUAAAUACACACACAGAGCUCUGCACUGGGUCAAAAAUGUA